AUGGCCAAACCCGCCCUCACAGCAGAUUCCCUCGAAGCCCUCCUCGAGCACGACUCCAAAGUCAAGCUCGCCGGCCUCGACGUCGACGGCAUCCUGCGCGGCAAGCUCGUCUCCAAGAAGAAGUUCCUCUCCAUCGCCACCGCCGGCUUUGGCUUCUGCUCCGUCAUCUUUGGCUGGGACAUGCACGACAUGACCUACGUGCGCGAGCUCAAGAUUUCAAACGCGGAGAAUGGCUACCGCGACCUGCUGGCGAUUCCGGACCUGCAAAGCUUCCGCAGGAUACCGUGGGAGAACAACGUGCCCUUCUUCCUGAUUACGUUCCACGACCCGGACACGAAGCUGCCAAUCUGCGCAUGUCCGCGCGGGCUGUUGCAGACGCAGCUAGACCGGUUGCGCCAAAAGGGCUACGGCGCCAUGGCUGGAGCUGAAUACGAAUUCUACACGUUCCAAACCCCAGACUCCGCCUCCUCGCCCGCCGCCUUCCUCCAAAACAACCCGACGCACCAGCUCCCCUCGCUCACAGAGGGCAUGUUUGGCUACUCCCUCACGCGCCCCGUCCACAACAAGGACUGGUACUACGACGUCUUCGACACCUGCGACAAGUUCUCCUGUGACAUCGAGGGCUGGCACACCGAGUCCGGCCCGGGCGUCUUCGAGGCCGCGCUCGAGUUUGGCGAGGCCGCGCAGAUGGCCGACCGCGCCAGCCUGUUCAAGUACGUCGUCAAGAGCGUCGGCGCCCAGCCCCAGCACCGCAUCACGCCGUGCUUCAUGGCCAAGCCCAAGCAGGGCCUGCCCGGCAACAGCGGCCACAUGCACGUGUCCAUCGUCGACGAGAGCGGCAAGAACCUGCUGGCGAGGGAGACGGUCGACGAGAACGCGCCGUGGAAGGACAUUGCCGGCCUGUCGGAUCUGGGCCGCCACUUCUUGGCCGGUGUGCUGGAGGGCCUCCCCGACAUCAUGCCCAUCCUCGCGCCGACCAUCAACUCGUACAAGCGGCUGGUCGAGAACUUUUGGGCGCCCGUCACCGUCUCGUGGGGCCUGGAGCAUCGCGCUGCCUCGAUCCGCAUCAUCGCGCCACCCACGGCCAAGGCCUCGGCCACGCGCUUCGAGAUUCGAGUUCCCGGCGCUGAUACAAACCCGCACUAUGUGCUCGCUGCUGUCUUGGCCUGCGGUUGGCGCGGCGUGGAGAAGAAGCUCGAGAUCCCGUGUCCGCCGCUGGCCAUGGGCGAGAAUGUCGGCGGCUCCUCAGAUAGGGGCGCGCGGCUGGCCAAGAGUCUGCGAGAGGCGACGGCCAAGUUUAUGGCCAAGGACAGCAUCGCAAGAGAGGUGCUUGGAGAUGAUUUCGUAGACCACUUUGGCGGCACCAGGGAGCAUGAGAUUCGGCUGUUUGACGAGGCCGUUACGGAUUGGGAGAUGAAGCGGUAUAUCGAGUCCGUGUAA